UAGAAGAUAAGCCUACAUCCUCAAACGUAAGACUGAGACACACACGCACAUUGAACUAGUGUUUUGGAUGAAGAACCAAUAACAACCAUGAAGAAGUGCUACAACAACGAUCUCAGAUCAACCUCAUCCUGUGCAGCCUGCAAGCUAUUAAAGCGACGAUGCAUCCCUAACUGCAUAUUCGCCCCACACUUCCGAGCCGAUGAGCCUAAAAAGUUCGCUAAAGUCCACAAAGUAUUCGGAGCCAGCAAUGUGAGCAAGAUCCUCAAUGAAGUUCCCGAGGAACACCGUGAAGACACCGUCAAUUCUUUAUCGUACGAGGCUGAGGCACGCCUUCGUGACCCCGUCUACGGUUGUAUUGGCGCCGUUGUUCUUUUACAGAGGCGGAUGUUUCAGCUCCAACAUGACCUUGCCCUUGCUCGUGCCCGCUUGGCUCACUACAAGGCUAGCAGUUUACAUACUAAUACUAAUAAUGUUGUUACUGCUAAUAUUAAUACUGAUGACAAUGGAUUAUUUGGGUUGGAUGAUCAUAAUACUGUUAGUAUAACUAAUAUGAUCAAUUUAUGCGGCGAAGAGCUAAUAAGUUCAGAUCAGUUAAGUCAAAGUGAUAUCGGGGUUUAUAAUACUACUGACUUUGGUCAAGUUCCUGAUCUUCUUCCUUUGUGAUCUCCUCAACCAUAUAUGUAAUUAAUUAAAUGUAUAUGGAAGUAUUUAUUAAUGGUUUUAAAGGUCUUUCUUAGCUUUAACUUGAAAAAGGUCUUUGAUAAGUUUGUACAAGAAUGUAGAAAUGGUGUUAUAUAUUCUGGUUAGGACACCAUGCUAUAUUAAUGAAUCUCGGUCUUAUCUUAAA